AUGGGAAGCUCCUCUGACGACAACAACCCCCCCAUCAAUCCCUUUAUCCGCUUCGCCCAACACGUCAACCAGAACAUCCAAGCCGGCCUCAACACCAUCAACCCCUUCGCCUCUUCCUCCUCCAACCCUUCCCCACCCCAGUCCUUGCCAGCCUCUAGCGACACCCAAACUCCCUCCGACGCCAUCGUCCCCUCUACCGACAACCUCCCCUCCGCCCCCCUCGACCCCGCCACCGCCCACUUCGAAACCCGGCUCUCCCUGCUCCGAGGCGGUACGCGUCCCGAAGCUGACCUCGCCUGGCGCCUGUUUCUGCGGCACUCAACCUACUCACCGUUACGCCUGGACCGCGAGCUGGGAUGGCGGCCGCGCCCGUAUUGCCCCGACGAUCCGGGACUGGAUACAAGCCAGUUCGGGUGGGCAGAUGCGUUUGAGGAUCUGAUGCUCGCACAGUCGGGGGUGGAGAGGAUGAGCGAUUUGCGGGAGAAGAGCGAGUUGUUUGAGGGAUGGGCGUUUGGAAGUCGUGGACUUCCUUGGGAUGAGGGGGAGAAGGAUGUUACGGCUGUGUGGAGGCCGUUUCAUUUUACCUUUCCGUUUGGGAUGGGGUUCGGGUUUGGCGGCGUCUACGGGCCGGUGACGUUCGGAGCGGCGGGGAGCAGGGAGUGGAGGGAGAUGGCUUGGUUGAGGAGGAUGCACGAGCGGCGGCUGAACGAGGUGUAUUUCCCGGUUCAGGAGCUGGGGAAAGGGGGGUAUCGCAGUCCGGAAACGAUGGAGGAGUGGGUCGAGUUUAGGCGGAGGGAGGCUGAGCGGCGCAAGGCGAUGCAAGAUGCUUGGGGCAGGCGGCUGGAUAACAAGCCGUAUGAGUCGUUCGGCGAGGAGUGGGAGCGCAUGCUGGAGAGCUUCGGCCUAUCAGAUCGUUCGACCGAGAACAAGGACGGCAAGAAGGACGGCCACAGCGUCAUCGAUGAGAUCAAGUCUGUCUUCAAAGCGUUCGACGACCUGUUCCCCCGCCACGGCCAUAACAAAAAGGACGAGAACCACAACCCCGACACCGACUUAGACCUCUUCGAAUCCGCUCGCUCCGCCUUCGAAGACACGCACCGCUCCCUCUCUACCUUCUUCAAGACCUUCUCCAACGCAUGGAAGGACGCGACCAACGCCGCUGCCUUCCCUCCCAUCCCUCGUUCCUCUUCCAACAACCCAGCCGGGUCUAAUCCAACCAAGGUCGAAACGACCGAGUCGAUGGAAGACGGCCUGAUGAAGCGCGUCACCAAGAAGGAGUACGACGACGGCAAGGGGACGACGCACGUCGUGCACGAAACCACGUGGACGGAUGAGGAGGGGAGGGUGGUCAGGAGCCAGAGGAGUGAAACGUAUCGGCAACAGAGUUCGUGGGUUAGGAAGGGGGGGGAGGAAGAGAACAAGGAGAAGAAGGAGGGGGAGGGGGAGGGGGAGGGGAAUAAGAAGGAUGGGAAUGGAGGUUGGUUUUGGAACUAA